AUGGCAGCUAAGCUUAUUGUACUUGUAGCAGCACUGACUGUUUGCCAGGCUGUACCUGUUUGGAUCGAGAAUUAUCCUCAAAUCUACGUACGAGAUGGCCGUUCACCAAGUGUAGCGUUUGGAUUUGGCAGUGGCUUUGCCACUGAUAUUGGCGGUAUUAAACAGGCAUCUAGUUAUGGAACUUCGUUCCAAAGUGGCGGCGGUGAAGCUUACGGUAGCGGGCUCGCAUCUGCCGAUGGUCGCACAUUCGCCAGAGGAACUGGAGUAGCCAAGGUACCUCAGGUUACGUACCCUGUCAGCAACCAACAAUUCGUUUCGAACAAUUUUAACCGCAACAACUACGGUUCAGCCGUCUCCUCUGCUCACAAUCACGGCAACUUCGGAUCAGCACUAUCUGCAGCUCAAUCUCAAAAUGGAUAUGGUUCAGCUAUUUCCAAUGUGAACAACCGCGGCUUCCAAACAGCCUUGUCCUCCGCUCAGAACUACAAUGGUUUGGGCUAUCAAUCAGCGGUGGCGGCUGCCAACUCUAACGGAUUGGGUCAAGGAUCUGCGAUCUCGGCUGCACAAGGGUUCAACGGAAAUAACAAUUUUGGAACAGCUGUCGCUGCUGCGCAGAAUUUCGGAAACUACCAGGCCAGUACCGCCCAAGCCAUUCAGCAAAGGGGAGGCCUUCUUCGUGAGAGUGGCGCCACUAGUAUCAAUGCACCAGGCAUCCAAGCUGCCAAUGCUCAUGCCAUCAACACUGGCUACUAUUAA